CAAGCACUUCCGCUCCAAGGAAACUAAUGUAAACAUUUUUCUGAUUUUUCUUUUUUUUUAAUGAAAAGACAACUUUAACAAGGUGUGUAACCAAAAUGUGAUUGUGUUUUAUACGGUACUCCAUUUCUUCCUAGUUCCAUAACAAGCUCACCAAGACAUAGUUAUGGCUAAACAAUUGACACAAGAUUUUGUGGAGAGAAGAAUCCAUCCUCUCACGAUUCAGCCUGUAGAAUGGGGAGUAGAAACAAAAGGCAGCAACUAUGAACUGGACCUAAAGAUGUGUCAGCUGAGAGAACUUGUGUACAGCUUCCACUGGGGGGAUGAGAGGGAGCCACUUUCGAGGUUGUCUUCCGUGAUUGACACACCCUCUAGAAUUCUCAAGAUGGACAUAUCAUUGAAUGAACUGUCAUCCCUAGAACAUGAGAGUUUCAUACCAUUCCAGAAUCUACGGGAAUUGAAUGCAUCACUCAACAAAAUAAACAAAUUCAUAGGAAUAGAAGUCUUAAAGAAGCUUUAUUCUUUGAACUUAUCUCACAACUCCAUAUCUCGAAUUGAGAACCUUGUCCGCAGCAGUUCACUGGUGGAGCUGAACUUAAGCAUGAAUGAACUGGAAGACAUAUCUUACAUGCCAGGCAUGAUGAACCUGAAGAUUCUGAACUUGAACAAUAACAAGAUUAAGUCCUUAGAUGGAGUUCAAGCCCUACCACAAUUAAGAGAAUUGUAUGCUCAAAGAAACGAAGUGACUGAGGUGAUACCCCUGACGAGUUGUUUCCAUCUACAAAUCUUGAAUUUGUCUGGUAAUAGAAUCCACACGCUUCAUAAUGCUGUAGGAGUAUUUGGUCAGCUUAAAAAGCUGGACGUCCUGUCAUUACAUGGAAACCCAAUCGAUAGAGACAGACUGUACCAGACUGAAAUCCUGAGGGAAACUAACAUAAAAACAUUGGACAACAUAUCUGUGCGGCCACUACCAAAACCCACUGUCAGUGUUGAACAUGACCCUGGUGCCAGUCGGCAUAUACAAAACAUCAACGCAUUGAAAGACGCAGCCAAACAAGCCUUUGAAGAACGUAUGAAGGAGUCCAGGGCUAAAAUGGAAGAAAACAUUAACUUCCUGCAAAGGAGAAUUGUGAGUCUACAGAAUGAAUAUAUUGACUAUGAGGAGAAGUUAAAAACUGACCUGGAUGCUUGUUUGAGGUAUUUGGACAAUUUAUCAGCUACCGAGUCGACAGGGGUGCACAGGGACCAUAUAAGAGAUAGUAUUGGCACCCCUCACCCCAAGGUUUGGCAGGGGAGGAAAUCACGCCCCCAGGAAUAUCCAAAGACGGACUACUCAAGCAUCAAAGACACAGACAGGCUACUACAGUUUGCUUCAAAAGAACUUUCACGAGGUGGCACAUGACCUAGAUUGUUUGCACUAGUGUCGAUUGUUUCACACAGAACCACAGUCAAAUACACCACAAACCAAAGUGAUCACGUGUUCACUAGAACUUCAGAAUCUUCACUAUAAUAUCACAUUGACCAUCACCGAUUCUUUGGACUGGAGUGUAACUGUAAGAUACAUUGAUUAUGGAUGUAACAUACGUUACAGUGUAGACAUCUUAGUGCUGUGUGAUUCUUGCGCAGGAUUUGUGGCACUUGCUUUCUGUGAUAUACAUGAAUAUAUAAAGAAUUACAUUCAUGCAAUGGUGAAAAUUUGAAAUGUGGAAAUAUGAUAAUCGAGAAUUUGUAAUCAUCAAGGAAAUGUAAUAAUCAAGAGGACCGUGUUACAAUACAUUAGUUACAGUUGAGAUUUGUUGUUCUUGGUAAUAAAUUGUAUCAAACUUUG